AUGAGCAGGCACAUUCGCAAUAAGAGAAGUCCACAUAGAUGUGAUAUGGGUAAUUUGGAAUUGGUCGAAACUGAACUGAUCGAAUCAAUUCGUCCUACCUUGCGCGAGCUUGUCAGUAUUUGGGACUAUGUGGGUUAUUCACAAGAAGAACGAACGGAACGUCUACAAUCGUCCAUCCAGUAUAUUCAGAGAACCCUGGACCACGUGAUUGCCGAGGAGAAUGAACUGCGCAUGGAAAUCGAACAGCGGAUUGAGAACAAACGGCGAGAAGUAGCUGACUUGUGUCAACAAUUACGCAUACCGGCUUAUUUACCUGAACGUGGACUAACCUCGAGCGAGCUGAUGAAAGAUCUGGUCAACAAAGCGGACGAGCUUAGGGGAAUCAAACGGGAUCGAUGCACGCAGUACAUGGAGUUACGGUCCCGGGUGCUCCGUCUGAGCGAAUUGCUCAGCGAACCGGCCGAAGUGAGUUUGCGGCGUGUGGCCAAUUUCCCGCAACUCACACCGCUCAGUCCGACCGAUGCGAGUGGGGACAAAUCGAUUAUGAGAGAAGUGUCCCAAAAACCGGGAACAGAAGCCGAUUUCUUUGAUCGGAUUCCGGAGGAGAGAGAAAUCAAGGCCUUAUCCGAUAUUCGCGAUGAACUGAACAACAUUUACAGUCCCUUGGCUGAACAGCAUGCGGCUCUGAGAGAAGACAUUGGUCGAAUAGCGGCCGAUAUCCUGUACGAGCCACAGUCCGAUCGGGAACGCGAUGUUUUGCGCGCGAUCGGACUGGUUGAGUUGAGUGCGAAACUGAACGCGACUUCCACCCCGGGUGUGGUACGCAAAUUGGCCGAGGCACGGGACACGAGUGAGGCGGACGGUUCGGAUAAGGAGAAUGCAAAAGAAGAUGUAUCGGAUCCGUACGAACCGAUCGUUGAUGAGGAAACUCUAAAGGUAAUGCUGUGGUACGCCACGGAAAAUGUAACUGUCGGCUUUGAUGAGAAGAGAUAG